AGAAAUAAUAUUUAAAUAAUGCAUUUACACAUCACCACCAUCAUGUUUAUCAUAUUCGAACAUAUAAAUAAAAUAUUCACACAAGGUAUACCCAUCAGUCCUUGUCCCAAAAUGUUUCAAUAUCGUUUCGAUGGCUCAGAAUGGUUUGGCAUACUGUCGGUGCGUAAUCCCGAUUUUGGUCAGGCCCUACAUUUGCGUGUGACACUCUCGAUGAGGGGGAAACCAACAACGAAUUAUUUGGGCGAAAUUGAAUUGCUAACACGUGGACAAUUCUUAAGCGACACACCGGUAUUAUAUAAAAUUAAAUUUCCGAAAAAUCACUUCCCACCUAAAUUGUUACAAAUCACAACGAAUAAUCAAGUUGUUUGUCUAGGAGCAGCAGAUCACAGUAUCUUUGUGACACAAAUACAAUUGGAGCACACUAGAAAGUUUACAUUUCUACCCGAUGAAAUACCACCACCCUCCUCAUCCUCCUCCUCAUCAUCAUCAUCAUCUUCGUCGGCAACAGCUACAAUGGGGUUGGGAGGAGGUCACUCAACAUCCAUAUCAUCUUUGCCCAUAACAACAGGCAUGAAGGAAUCAUCAAUGCUACCAACAAAUAUUGCAUUUGGUACUAAACAUUUGCCUUUAACCAACAUGGAAAAAAAUCCCAUGCGCCUUUCAAAGGAUAUUUGUGGCACUAUCGAUGACCGUAUACGUUUUCAAGUUUUACAUGCAUUAAAACAAACUACAUCGGCUUCUAUGGUUUCUUCUUCCUCCGGCACAGCAUUUAAAAAGCCAGCAGAUACUGUAGGUUCCUUAUUGUUGUCAACAAUAUUGUCACGUCAAAAUGAGGAAAUCUCUACGGGUGGUAAAGCUGCAACUGCCUCAGAAAACCUGAGACAAGGAGAACACGAUGAUGAUGAUGAUGUAGACGUGGAUGCUGUUGAUGACAGUUUACCGCCUUUAGUUACCAGCGACACUGAUUUGAAUUCUGAUUUCAUGUUGGAUGAUGCUGGCUCAGUUGAUGGUUCAAUGACCAUCAAUGAAUUACCCUCGAUUACUCGUGGAGCCUGGCCCUGGCUGGCAGCCGUUUAUGUCAACAACUUAACUUCACUGGCUUAUCAGUGUGGCGGCACAUUGGUCUCUCCGCGCAUUGUCAUCAGUGCUGCUCACUGCUUUCAGCUGUUCAAGAAACGUUAUACGGCCAACGAGGUAUUGGUGUUUUUAGGACGUCACAAUUUGAAAAAUUGGAAUGAAGAGGGAUCGUUAGCAGCUCCGGUUGAUGAUAUUUUCAUACAUCCUGACUACAAUCAACAUCUGAAUUCGUAUGAUGGCGACAUAGCUGUGGUGGUGCUGAAAAAUGAAGUUCGCUUCAAUACUUUCAUACGCCCCGCUUGUAUGUGGUCUGGUUCAACAAAGAAAGAAUAUAUCGAAGGAGAACACGGCAUUGUAGUGGGUUGGGGUCUGGGUGGAUUUAAUACCACCAAACACACCUCAACCACUAGUACGGUGCCGAAAAUUGUCAGCACUCCUAUUGUUUCGAAUGAUGAUUGCUUUCACGCAAAUCCCAAAUAUCGCAGUCUCUCCUCGAAUCGUACCUUUUGUGCAGGCAUUAUGUUGCAGCAAGCACAAACUACAUCAUCCAAAAGUGGAUUUGGUGGAAAACCCAUAAGUUUUCAGCAUCAACUACAUCAAGGACCCUGUACCGGAGAUUCUGGAGCGGGUCUAAUGAUUUUCAAAAACAAUCGUUGGAUGUUAAGGGGGACAGUAUCGGGUUCUCUGCCCAUGCAAUCAACCACAGAUAGUUCAACAGCAUCGACAACCUCCAGAGCAAGCCACAGCUGUAGCGUAAAUCAAUAUGUGAUAUAUACGGAUGUGGCAAAAUUUCUAGAUUGGAUUUUCGCUUUUAUUAUAUAA